CCCCGGGGCCGGCCCUGUGAAUCUGCAUACCUUUUUUAUUUCCUUGCUUUUUUGAGAGUUAUAUCAAGACAACGCUUUCUGUUAUUCUGCUAUUAAAGUAGUUUCUAUGGUGACAACUUAUUUCCAUACUACUUAGUUUCACAUUGUGACAACUUAUUUUUAUGCCCCUACCUAUUGUCAAGUUCUUGCUGUAAAAUUUCCCCACUCCUUUGGGUUUUCUAAUGUCUGUGUUUUCAUUUUAGAGAAAUCGAUAUGGUCUAAUUUUAAUUAGAGCUGCCUUCGAUUAUGUGGAGAGUUUGAUAAAUUUGUGGGAUUAGUUAUGUGAUGAUCACUGUUAGGAUUACAUGGGUGUGUAAAGUUGCUUUCUUACGCCUGUAGCCACAACCGUGCGUAGGUACAUCAAAAUGUUUAGACUUACAAUGAUAAGAUUUAUCAAGGAUCAUAUUAUUAGUCCAUUUAAGUAAAUUUUAGUUGUAUAAACAUUGGUUACAAAUUAAAUAGUGGUAACUAGGAAUAACACUCCAAGACAGAGAGACACCUAAGCUCAACAACUCAGAUGUAAAUUUGAUCAUGCAAUAGGGUGGAAUGACUAAUUUUUUAGCCAUGUUGAAAUAACCUCUAAUCUAGAUCAUUCGGUACUCGUCGUUUUACCACUUUUCAUUGGAUGCAAGGUUUGAUAUUUGCAGUGUCAUUUUAUUGGAAAGCGCCUUUAGGCUCAGGCAAUUCGGUAGUUUUGACAACCUCUUUCACUUCCCUUUCUUUGUUUUCCCAUUGCCAAUUCCCCGGCAUUUGCUUCCCUUCUUUUGGAAUUUCUUUUUUCACUCCUUUGCAUUUUUCCAUAGUUUACUUGUUGCUUUAACCACUCUGGAUUUUACUGAUUCCAGAACUGUCUUGUACCUUGUUAGUUGUCAUGAUUGCGAUGGGCAUGGGUCGGUUAGCUUUUGGUUUAUGGGGAUUUUGCCUUUUCUGGAUUCCUCUAUAUGCAUCAUUUUGAUUUCCUUGGCAUUUCUCAUCGAGAUUUCCUCAGAAUUCUGAGCCCUGUAUCAGAUCAUUAUACUACCAUUUUGCAUCGAAGUUUGGGUCUUGGAAUCACGCUGUCUAGAUUUCUUGCAGAUUUAAACACAAACGUUGAGCUCAAGAUCCUUCUGAUGACCAUAGGUUGAAACUGUUGUCCUGCUGAGGUGUUCUGGAUUUUAUUGGUAUGGGAUUCUUAUGGUGUAUUGAAUGACAAUUUUGGUUGGGAGAGAGGUUCUAUUUUGGAUGGUUUGAAUGAUUAGACUAAUGGGUUUUCACAAUUGAAUCUCGAAUGGACUACUUGAAUCGUAAUCAGUUCAGAUUCUUCAAAACACAUUGGAAUUCUGUGACAUGUAGAUGUGUUGCUUUGCUUGUCAUUGUUCUGGUCCUUCGAGCUGUUCUAUUUCCUACAUUCCUAGGAUUUCCAAGAAUAGAAAAUGGCGACGUUGUGAUGAUCCAUAACCAUUCUUUGUUUCUAAAUCCGGAGUUUGGAAUUCGGAAAAUCAAGUUCUUGGAAGUUCCUCAGAUUGUAUGGGGUUUAAACAAUCAGAAGAUUGCUUUUGCAAGAUCAUGUCUAACUGCAAGAAUGCUGAAUCGUACUCUUUUGUUGCCAAGCCUAAGUGCUUCAUUAUUUUACAAAGAAAUUGAUCAACUGCAACCUAUUUCAUUUGACAAGGUGUUCCAAUUCGAGAGGUUCAAUUUACAUUGCAAGGGAUUUGUCCAAUUAGGGCGAUAUUCGGAUAUUUCAAACCGGACUGAUGUUAUUGAGCUUCAAAAGGGUAGUGGAAGGAAAUGGACAGUUGAUAGAGAUUUGGACCAAUUGAAACAGUUUAGCAACGAUCCAUACAAUGGAUAUGAGAUAAUCCGUGUUGCUGGGAAAAACCCUUUUCUGUGGCAUGAUCACUGGCCUAUUAGAGAUUAUGCCAAGGUCUUCGAAUGCUUAGUUUUAGUGGACGAAAUAUCCAAUGAAGCGGAUAGAGUUGUUUCUAAGAUUAGAGAGAUAGGAAGGGGGUUAAGAAGAGACUGUGUUUCAGAGAAUUGUAAAUUGGAGACAGUGCCUUAUAUUGCUGUUCACAUGCGGAUAGAGAAGGACUGGAUGAUUCACUGUAAAAAGCGGGAGCAAAGAUCAAAUAUCCGUGACAUCUGCAGCAGUAAGGAGGAGAUCAUGGAGAGAGUUGGGAAAAUCAUGGGUCCGAAAGCCCCAACCAUUGUUUACCUCGCUGUUGCAGAUAGCCUUCUUGAAGAUAAUUCCAUCUUGAAUGGUUGGAAGAAAGGGUUGGUUCCUUUUGAGAAGAAGAAAUUGGGAGUAGUGGGGAUGUACAAGAAGUAUCCUUAUCUCAUUCAAUCGGCAAUAGAUUACGAGGUUUGCUUAAGAGCUGAUGUUUUUGUGGGGAACAGCUUUUCCACGUUUUCUAGUCUUAUAGUUCUUGAGAGAAGUCAGAAGAUGAUUAGGGAGGGUGUCACAACUUCAUGUGCAAUGGAUGUCAGGUGGCCUUCCUAUGCCUAUAAUAUUUUAGGGGAAUCUAAUGGCCCUCAUAGAUGGAUGACAAAUAUAUCUGCUUUGAAUCUACAAGCAAUUAGCUACGGUUCUAACGAUAUCUGUUGUUGAAGAAUUUAUGUGCAGUUUUAGUGCGCAUUUUCAUGAACCGGUGUGGAUAAUAGGGUUCUGCUUUUUGAAUUUUUGUUGAUGCUUUACAGUGAACAUUGGUUAGUAUAGUUACAUUGACUCUUUGUGUAAAGAAAGAUCGACAAUAGAUAUCUGAAAAGAGCAUUUUGAUAAUAAUAUGUUGUUGGCAGUUAUAAGGUAAA